AGUACUCUCCACCUACUUAUAUCAUGAAAAAUUUCAGGGAGCUACUUCUUGUACUAUCUAUACUGCUAAACCUUGGUCAAGGUAACAAUAAUUUAUAUUCAGGAUCAGGAGACAAUAUAACUAUUGAGGAAAGUAGUUCUUACUACACAAUGGAAACUGAAACAUCAGUUAUCCCGACAACGACCGUCACUCCAACUACUAUUAUACCUCCAGCAUAUUUUAUAAGAUUUAUAGCUAUCAUAGUAAUAAACACCAUAAUAGCUAUGGUAAUGUUGACUAUUCCCCUCUUAAUCUGCCUGUUCUGCAAAAGGAAAAUGAAAAAGAAAGCAGUGGUUGUACCAAAUCCAGAGGGAUCUAAUUCACUGACAGGUGCAGAGGAAAGAUCAUUGGCUGAAUACUUGACAAAGCCAGAAAAUGAAGUGGCAACAAACUGACAUAGUGCAAGAUUUCAAAAACAAAAUAAACAACAACUCUUGUUAUGGGCAUUUUUAAAAUUUAGUUUAUAG